UCCGGGCGGGGGACUCAAGAGCCAGAGGGGAGGGGGCCGCGGGUUUUCAUGUACCCAGCAUGAGCUCCUACUUCGUCAACCCCCUGUUCUCCAAAUACAAAGGCGCGGAGUCCCUGGAACCGGCCUAUUACGACUGCCGGUUCCCUCAGAGCGUGGGCAGGAGCCAUGCGCUGGUGUACGGGCCCGGCGGCUCGGCGCCCGGCUUCCAGCACGCCUCGCACCACGUCCAAGACUUCUUCCACCACGGCACCUCCGGCAUCUCCAACUCGGGCUACCAGCAGAACCCGUGCUCGCUUAGCUGCCACGGAGACGCCUCCAAAUUCUAUGGCUACGAGGCGCUCCCCAGACAGUCCCUUUAUGGGGCUCAGCAAGAGGCGAGCGUGGUGCAAUAUCCCGACUGUAAAUCCUCCGCCAACACUAACAGUAGCGAAGGACAAGGCCACUUAAAUCAAAACUCGUCUCCCAGCCUCAUGUUUCCAUGGAUGAGACCCCACGCUCCGGGGCGGCGCAGCGGUCGGCAAACUUACAGCCGGUAUCAGACCUUGGAACUAGAAAAGGAGUUUCUCUUUAAUCCUUAUUUGACACGAAAGCGCCGGAUUGAAGUCUCUCACGCUCUGGGACUGACGGAGAGACAAGUGAAGAUCUGGUUCCAGAACCGAAGAAUGAAGUGGAAAAAGGAGAACAACAAGGAUAAACUGCCCGGAGCCCGAGAUGAGGAGAAGGUGGAGGAAGAAGGAAAUGAGGAAGAGGAGAAAGAAGAGGAGGAAAAGGAAGAAAACAAGGACUAAGCAAAAAAGAGAGAUUUCUCCCCUUGUAGCAACUCCCUUGAAGUUUUGUUUUAUGGUAGCAGAUAAAUUGAGAAGUUUACGACUGUCAUUUGCUUUUAUAGAGAAUAGAAUGACACUCACAACUCUAACUACCUGUCAGAUACUUGCAGCUCUGGUUUUAUUACCUUUGGACUUCCCCCGCUCUUUAUUUGUUUGGGGGCCAGAGAGGGGAGACGGAGACACAGCAGAAAGUUCGGACUCUGUCUCACUCCUGGCCCCAAUGCACACUUGUCCCUGCCCCCCCCUUCUGAGUCCUUCCUGGAUUUUAAGGUCUGAGACCUGGCCUCCUUGCCCCCCUCCCUUCUUGUCACACUCCCACCUCCCUGCUUCUCUGGUAUUUAUUUUAGAGGUGAGUCCCCUCAAAAUGCAGAAGAAAACUCCUGGCUUUGCUUUCAGGCUGGGAUUACUGUACUAGAUUUCAUUUUCUUAAAAGGAAAGGGAGGGGAAAAAAGAAAAAAGCAAGGAAAAAAUGGUAAAGAAAUGAGAAAAAGAUAGCAAAAAAAAAAAAAAAUCCCCUCUUCCUCUCUGGGGCUCCCUGCUUAGAAAAUCCCCCUUGACUUUCCCUGGGAGUCUGAUGGAAACCUGAAGGAGAUGUGGGUCUCCUCCCUGCCCCCAUUCCAUGGGGUAGACAGGAACCUGCAGUUACCUCUAAAAUCCUACCUAGCCAUCCCAUCCCGGGGUCACUGGGGCCCAUGCCUCCUCUUCUUUGCUCUUUGAUUUCUGUUCUGUUGGGCCCCCCCCCGACUUCCUCUGAGCUGCAUUAGUGUUAGUGCUCAGAAGUCGCCAUAAUCAUGAAGAUGAUAAUAAUAAUAAUACUGAUAACAAAUCUUUAACAUACUACCUAAAGGGAACCUGCAAUAAUCUUGAAAAAGAAAAGAAAAAAAUUAAAAUCCUACCAUAGGAGAAAAAAAGAGAAAAAAAAAGAAAAAUGAAAAAAAGAAAGAAAGAAACCUCCAACGUAUUUUAUCACUACCUAUAGAAAGAAAUCCUGCUUUGAGAGUAUUCGUAAUGCGGUUUUGUUGUCGUUUGUCGCUGCUUACUUCACUAAGAAAACCCAACAACUGAGACUGCCUAGCCCGCCGGUCCUGUGCGCUUUUAUUGUGCUUCUAACCCCAGUAGAGUAGAACUAAAUUGCACUGAAUGUAUAGUUAACUCUGUCUUGAAUUCUCUGUUUAUGCAACGUGCUCGAAAGAAAAAAAUGGUAAAAUAUAUCUAUAAUAAUAAUUUUUGGUCAUUUGUCUUUAUGUCCAGCUAUGAAUGUAGAUUUUGUGUCCCAACAGCCCUGUUCCUGGUCCAAGUACUUUGUAUUGUAUACGUGAGUCAUAAUAAAAAAAAAAAAGGAGAAAAAUAUCUGAAGCUGGAAUGACUUGUUUUCUUUCCACAACUCUUCCCCAUUCUCCACCCCUCCCCUC